AUGUCCGAUACAGUUGGGAAAGUCAUCAAGUGCAAGGCCGCUGUGUGCUGGGGUGCCGGCGAGCCUCUCAAAAUCGAAGAGGUCGAGGUCGCACCUCCCCAAGCCCAUGAAGUCAGGAUCCACAUCCUCUACACUGGCAUUUGUCAUACCGACGAGUACACUCGCAGUGGCAAAGAUCCAGAGGGUCUCUUCCCGGUUAUUCUUGGGCACGAGGGAGGGGGUAUUGUUGAAUCUGUCGGCGAAGGCGUGACCAGCGUGGCCCCAGGCGACCAUGUCAUUCCUCUGUACACUGCCGAAUGCCGUGAAUGCAAGUUCUGCAAAAGUGGCAAGACCAAUCUCUGCGGCAAAGUCCGUGCAACCCAGGGCAAAGGUCUCAUGCCCGACAACACUAGCCGCUUCACCGUCAAGGGACAGCCCGUACACCAUUUCAUGGGCACGUCCACUUUCUCGCAAUACACCGUCGUUGCGGAUGUUUCGGUCGUUGCCGUUAACAAAGCUGCUCCUUUGGAGAAGGUGUGUUUGCUAGGCUGUGGUAUUACCACCGCGUGGGGGGCCGUCGCCAAACAGCAAGGCAUCAAGGGUUCCUCCGUCGCUGUCUUCGGCUGUGGUGCAAUUGGUCUCGGUGUCAUCUCGACCUCGUCCCUCGUUGGAGCCUCUCGCAUUAUUGCAGUAGACACGAACCCAAACAAAGAAGCCUGGGCAAAGAAAUUCGGCGCAACUGACUUCGUCAACCCCGCGAAACUGCCCGAAGGCACGAAGAUCCAGGACUAUCUUGUGGAGAUCACGGAUGGCGGCUUGGAUUUCACCUUCGAUUGUACGGGUAAUGUUCAUGUGAUGAGGGCCGCACUCGAGGCAUGCCACAAGGGAUGGGGCGUAUCGACUGUCAUCGGUGUUGCAGCUGCCGGACAGGAAAUCUCCACUCGUCCCUUCCAGCUUGUCACCGGCCGAACCUGGCGUGGUACUGCCUUUGGUGGUGUCAAGGGACGUACUGAACUACCUGGCUUAGUCGAAGACUACCUACAGGGCAAGAUGAAAAUCGAUGAAUACGUCACCCAUAGCAGGCCAUUUGCUGAGAUAAACGAAGGGUUCCAUGAUAUGCAUGCUGGGGACUGCAUCCGUUGCGUAGUGGAUAUGAAAUGA